AUGAGUGCUCUUGGAGCUCUGACAGGAAACUUUCUUGUUGUUGCUCCGCUCUCCAGCAGCAGCAGUGUCAGUCAGACUCCACCGCUUCAGCCGCACGUUACCGUCUGAAAUAUGCACUUGACUGGACUGCGCUGGGUUCUGCGGGAGUUUGUCAUCCUGUCAAGUCAUGGCUCUUCAUCUUCAUUUACCGACAGCACGUCACUGAAGAUAAGACAGUAACCGCCAGACUUUUAUAGGAUACACUUUGGAACUAUACUUUUUUUUUUUUUGCUUUGAAGCCACACUGGACACGAGGAUGGAGGCGUUGUUUUACCUGCUCGCCUUCAUGUUGGCCCGGGUUAGUUGGGGUCUCGGGUACGCGGAGUCCAGCGUUCAGACGGGCCAGAGAGCGGCCAGCAGACACAGGAACUGGUGUGCUUAUGUGGUGACACGCACUGUUAGCUGUGUGAUGGAGGAUGGGGUGGAGACGUACAUCAAACCAGACUAUCAACGCUGUACCUGGGGCCAGUGUCCUCGAGUUGCCUACCGGACAUUCAGGAGGCCACGGUAUAAGGUAGCUUACAAGAUGGUGACAGAAAUGGAGUGGAAAUGUUGCCAUGGUUACUCUGGGGAAGACUGCCACGAUGGGCCAAAGGGAACAACCAACACCCAGGUCAAUGGAGGGCGACCCAGUGUCACGCCGACAGGCUACAACCCAGGCGGCAGACAGGGAGGAGAAGGUGACUCUGAGAAGAUAAGACAGCUGGAGGAAACCAUCCGUGGUCUUAGCAAAGACCUGCAUAACAUGCAGACCACCAUCCACGGCAUGAACCAGAGGCUGCCCGGUCUGAAUGGGGCUGUUGUCCCUGCUGAUUCAGCUCAGCCACACAUGAAGGAAACCAUCAACAGCAUCCAAACCAAGCUGGACCAUCUCUACAACAGAACACAGGUUCAUGACCAGACCCUGCUCAACAUCAACCAUCUGGUGAAUGGAAGGAGCAACGAGCUGGACGAAGCAACCAACGGAGGAGUAAACCAGCUGAACACGCUGAAGGAGGAGAUUCUGACCGAGCUGGAGAGAAGGGUGACUCUGUCCUGCUCCGCCUGCCAGGCUGGUGUGGAGGACCUGAGGCGCCAGCAGCAAGAGGACCGGGAGCGGAUCCAAGCCCUGGAGAAGCUGUUUGGCUCCAUGGACCAGCACCUGAGCCAACGCUCCCAGGCCUGCUGCAACACAGUCACCGAGCUGGAGAAGAGGCUGACGGAUGUGGACGUCCGGGUCACCUCCACGGCUAACAAAUGUGACACCAUUAAAGGGCGGCUGGAUAAGGAGCUGGCUGGGACGGGCGGAGGAAAGGGAAGAGUGACGGAGGACAGGCUGAACGGCAGACUGAGAGAGCUGGAGAAAAGGGUGAACAACACGGUGAGAAAGACGGAGCAGAGGUGCACCAACACGGGCAACAACGUGAAGGACAACGUCCAGAGAGACGUCACGCAGCUGCGCAACAUGGUCCUCAGUCGGCUGGACGAGCACGGCUUCAAGAUCGGCAAGAUAGAGCUGGACGUGUCGGUGUUAGGAGAUACGGUCACCGACCACAGUCGGCGUCUGAGCCAGCUGGAGAACAUCACAACCUUCCUGGACAGAAGGCUAACAUCGACCACAAACAUGUGCAACGAGACCUGCGGGCCUAACGGAAAGGGGCGUAAGACUGACGACACCGUGAAAACGUUACAGUGGAGAGUCGUGGCCAACGAAGAGGACAUCCAGAAGUUUAACACCCGGUUGAAUGAUUUGUCCGUGUCUGGGGACUCGCUGACCAAUCGAGUGAUUAGCUUAACAGACGACGUCAAAAAGAUAAUAGCUGUGACGGUGGAGAACGGCGAGCAUUUCAAACGGAUCGUCACCGAGGUGGAAACAUUGGGCCGCGAUGUCGAGGACUGUUAUAUUUGCCGGACCGUAGAGGACGACUUGCGCUCGCUCGCCAACUCCACCAACAGCGGCCUCGACAGGUGCCAGGUGGAACUCACCGAUCUGCGGAGAAAGGUGGACUCGGGAGAAUCUGUGUGCUCCCAGGUGUGCUCCAACCUUCAGGAGGAGGUGGGACGACUACGAGAGGAAGUGGAGGAGUGUACCGGACAGUGUAAAACCAACAUCAACGAUCUGAAGAAACGCCUGGAUGGCCAUGGCGUCCAUAGUGGGAAAUUAGGAGGGGAUCUGAAGUCCAUCCAAGGAGAGCUGGCUGGAGUCAUGGUCACAUUUAACUCCAUCAAUGAGACUCUGAAGGGCCUGGGAAGGACUCUACAGACGCAUGGCAACACGCUGACGGAUCUGACCAACACCAAGGGCGACCUCAUCUCUGAGGUGGACAAUUUGCAGAAGGAGCUGACAGAGCAUGUUGAUGAUUCAAAGAUUCGAUUCGGCGGUCUGGAAAAGGAGAUCCAGAUCAUCCGGAGCAACUUUGUGACAGAGGUGGGGGAGUGCCGGCGGUCCAGCGACGUCCUGGAGAGAAGACUCUCCAAGCUGGAGGGAGUGUGCGGACACUUGGACUCAUUCUCAGACAGCCUGGAGAGGAUCAGGGAGGGCCUGAACCGACAUGUGUCUGGGCUGUGGAGCUGCGUUAAUGGACUCAACGUCACGGUAACGUCUCACGGAGAUCUUAUCCACAAUAUCCAGACCGUCCAGCUGGAGAACGUCCACUCCGACAUACACAGACUCAACUCUUCAGUGCUGAACUUGGUCAACGAGUUCCACAGUUUCAUAGAACAGGACUUCAUGGGUCCACCUGGUCUACCGGGCCCCCGUGGAGAGAGAGGCGAGCGUGGAGCCCAGGGGCCCGUAGGACCCCAAGGGAGGGUGGGACCUCCUGGCACAGAGGGCAAGCAGGGACUAACUGGACCCCCGGGUCUCAGAGGUGAACAGGGUCCUGCAGGAUCUGAUGCCCACGUGCCACGCCUUUCCUUCUCUGCCGCGCUGACUCGCCCGAUGAGAAGCGCGGGGACCAUAGUGUUCAACGACGUCUUUGUCAAUGAAAACAACGUCUACGAUCCUAAAACAGGCUUUUUCAAAGCUCCAGUGAGGGGGAAGUACUUCUUCAGCGGCAUUCUUACGGGCCAUAAGAACAUGAAGAUCGAGGCGGUGUUGUCCAAGUCCAACGUUGGCGUGGCCCGAGUGGACUCGGCUGGCUACCAGCCCGAAGGCUUGGAGAAGCCCAUGGCGGAGGCCAAGCAAAUCCCCGGCGCUCUGGCUGUCUUCAACAUCAUCCUGCCCAUGGAGGCCGGGGACACGGUCUGCAUCGACCUCGUCACCGGCAAACUGGCGUACUCCUCGGAACCACUGACCAUCUUCAGUGGGAUGCUGCUGUACGAGACCAUCUGAUUGGAUGGCGAUCCGUCUCUCUGGGUGAAACGUUCCCCCCCCCCCUCAUGAGAGCAUCUCAUUUUGUCCGCCCGGACUGUAAGAGACAGAGCCGCUGGCUAGACAAGUCGGAAGAGACUGAAAUAACUGGAUUGGAUUCACAUCCAGCAAGGAGAAACAAACUUUAUAUUUUUACAUUCUAAGAAGAAAGGACAAAAAAAAAACCCCACUAAUAAUUUUUUGUUGUGUUUCACAGCUUUAAGGAAAACUAUUUGUGCAAAGAGCCAUUGUGUGUUGUUUUUUUUUAAUUCUAUGACGUGUUGUCUUCAGAAAAAAAAAAGCCACUGCAGGGUUAUCUUAUAAUUCCAUACCGUAUGCUGUUCUAUAAACUUGAAUUUGUUACCGCUUACACCAAGAUAGCCUUCAGAUCUUUCUUGUGUUAAUGAAAGGACAUAUGGGAAGAUGAUGAAAGAUUAAGGAUGUGAGGGUCUUUUGUUUUAAUGUGGAAUCCACCCAGAGCGUAUCAACUGUUCAAAAGAACAUUGCACACCAUGUUUUCUGUUUCUAGUGUAGUUUUUUUUUUUUCUUUCUUUCUCUUCAUGCUCACAGUUUCAUUUUGACCGCAAGCAAAUUCCCAGAAUCGUAACGCUGAAUGCCAAUUGUCUUGGAAAAAAGAAAUUCCCCCAGUGAUGUAGGAGGGGACACAGUCCAAACCACUAUUCUUUAGAAGGCUAUGCACAAAUGAAGUCACUGACAGUUCAUUCAAGAAAAAGAAAAAAACCACAGGAUUUUAUAAAUCAUACAACAGCAAAACAAUACGACCAUUUUAGGACAUUAGCUAUGCCCUUGAACACGAGGGGAGGAGGAGGAUGAUGGCCAGGGGGAAGAAUGGGGACUUUAUUUUUUUCUCUCUCUCUCUGUCCUAAUAAGGGCCACCUAAUCUUGGUGGAGGAUCAAGUAGUUAACGUUAUGAAGCUGUUACUAUCAUUGUAUCUCACAGUGGGAUUUUGGUUUAAAGCUAACAGUAACAUAUAAGGAAGCGAAAAGCAUUGCCUCUAUGCUACAAAUUCCAUUUAUUUCAUGAACACACACACAAGGGCGUAACUUCAACAUUGACGUUUUUGAUUAAGCGACAAAAAACAUCGAAAAAAUUGAGAGACUAAAACGUUGAAAGAAGGGUCAAAAACCUCGGAAAAACACUCAAAAAAAGCGGCAAAAAACGUCCAAAGGUGAAAAAAACAUUGAAACAAUUGUCCAAAAAAAACCUUUAAAAAGGCAACAAAAACAUCCGAAAAACUGUCGAAAAAAAAAGUUCCAAAAACUUUGGAAAAGCCCAGUUUUGAUUAUUUGAGGGGGCUGUAAUCCCCCUAUCACCUUACCCCCCUAAUUACACCUAUGCACACUCUGCCUGCCUUUGGAAGAAGAAUUAAAAUGUCUCCAGCAAAUAUGUGAAUGAUAUCAAGUGGAAGUAAUAUGUGGAUUUGUAUGAGCAUAAUCAGGGUUUGCUCACAAUGCAAAUUUUGUCACAUUAUUUCCUCAGUGCUCAGUGUGGGAAUGCCAUUUUAUAUGUUUCUAUGUAGCCUAUAUUGUAUAACCUUUAAGGAAUGUAAAUAUUUUUCAACGGUUUUGCCCAUAUAAGAUUUUUACGAGUUACCACUCCACCUUGCCAGGUAUUGUAUAUGUUUUGUAUGUUUCUGCCACACGUGUGCCUCAAAUACAGAUACCCAGUUUUACACA